CAACAAGUACAAAGAGGAAUUCCGGUGAUAUCAAGGUAAAGAAGAGCAUUAAGCACACUGCCAGUGAAUAUUAUUAGUAUUGUCAAGAACCGAGUUCUUAUAUAAACAGACUCCUGCGAUCAACUCUUUUACUUGUGAAUUUGCUCUCGUCUAGAGAUCCUUUGGAGUAUUUUUGAAAUCAUCUCCAACCAAAUUACUGAGGAGUUCCAAUACCUUGGAAGCCUAACAACGUAGUUUGCCUUUAAAACAGCGAUAAUUAUCAUUUACUGUUUUCUUGUUUACUUUAUAAUUUUCGUUAAUAACAUACUGCACUUAUUAGCUAUAACUUCAAAGUUCUUAUCGUGCUAUGUUACAAUAAAAACAUUAACCAUUGUGGUUAACUUAGUUUAAUAUCCACAUAAAAAUCAAUUGAGUAAUAAAGUUCAGUAAAAGUGAUUGUGCCGUCAAAAAAUUUUUAAGUGCAUUAUUUUGCCAGACUGCAUCGAAGGAAUAUAUGAAGGACUUUAUGAUCUCAUGUGAGGUCAUAGAGGGAUCGAUCUGCAGAUGAAUAAAAAAGAUCCAUGAAAGUGGGGAAGAUCCAUGAAGGUGUUUCUAAAAGAUCGGCACGAAUCUGUUCGAAAAAAGCUUAAAGCAAAUCGCAGUCUUUAUCAACGAUUCACUGUUGCAGGCUGGAAAAUUAAUCUCUCUGCAAUUUUUAUUACCCAUCAUUAUCAUAAUUUUCCCGAAUAAUUAAGUGCUAAUUAUUUUAAAGAAUGAAACAUAUUUCAUUGUUUAUUUUAGUAUGUAUUUUUCCGGUAAAUGUUCUGUGCCUAGGCUUUUUACGUGAAUUAUUAUUCCCACGAAAUCCAGUUCUUCAUCGAUCAAGCCAUUAUGAUCGAACUAGAACAACUGAUGAUGAUACAGUAUUGGAUUUUAUAGGACUAGUUGAAAAGCAUGGAUAUCCUGCUGAAGAACAUCAUUUGACAACUGAAGACGGAUACAAACUGACCUUUCACAGGAUACCCGGUAGUCCGAAAUCACCACCGAGGAGUGGGAAGCCAAUCGUUUUUUGUCAACAUGGAUUAUUGGGCUCAUCUGAUUAUUGGGUUCUUUUAGGACCUAACAAAGACCUUGCAUUUAUCUUAGCUGAUGAAGGAUACGAUAUCUGGCUUAGCAAUGUCAGGGGCAAUACUUACUGUCGAUCUCAUGAAGAGCUCUCACCAACAAGUUCGCAAUUUUGGAGUUUCAGCUAUCAUGAGAUCGCACUAUAUGAUUUACCUGCAAUGAUUGACUAUGCACUAAAUGUGACUAAUGAAAAAAUGCUUUACUAUAUUGGUCAUUCAAUGGGGACGACCAUGAGUUAUGUUCUACUCUCGACUAAAUUGGAUUAUAAUGAUAAAAUAAGGUUGGCCAUAAAUUUAGCUCCAGUUGCAUUUUGGAAAUCUCUUCCUAAAGAUAAUCCUUAUUAUGCUCUUAUCGAAAAUUAUUCUGAAAUUAAGAGAUUUUUCGAAAAUAAUCAAAUUUAUGACCUAUUUGCUCUAACAACUAAUAGCGCUAGAAUAGGAAAAGGUCUUUGCAGUGAUAAUAUGAUUACUCAACAAGCAUGUAUUGCACUAAUUUUCCAUUUCUCAGGCGCAAGUCCAAAACAACUUAAUUCUACACUUUUACCUCACAUAUUAUCUUAUGUUCCUGCUGGUGCAUCGGUUCAAACUGUUGAACAUUAUGGACAGAAUAUGAAAUUUAAAUCGUUCACACAAUAUGAUUAUGGUUAUCCAUUAAACUUCAAAAUUUACGGCAAAAAAAAACCUCCAAUAUAUGAUGUCAAGAAGAUAACUGCUAAAAUAGCAAUUUUAUAUUCAGAAAAUGAUCCUCUAGUAAUCGAAGAGAACGUUCAAGAAUUGGUAAAAAAAUUGCAAAAUCUUGUAUUCAAGAGAAAAGUUCCAUUUAAAAGUUUUAAUCAUUUAGAUUUUAUUUGGGCUAAAGAUGCCAAAUACUUAGUAUAUGAUACAAUAAUAGACCUCUUGUCUCAGUAUUAAUAAUUUAAAAAACAUUCAA